CUACUUUUCUUACAAAUGUUACAAACCCUAGUUUCUCUGUUCGUACUUUUUCUUCGCUCCGGAUCUGAUCGUAAAUUAGCUUCUUCUGUAUGUUUAGUAAAAUCGUUAAUGCGAUAUGCUUAUGGUGUGUUGAUUAGGUUUUUGAACCCCGGAUGUGCUCGGUUGCAUGCUCCUUUUCUUCAUCCUAUAGUAUGUUAGACUCGUCUAAAUCUGGGCGUUUUGUUUUCUCUAGUUUACCUGUGUGGCGAGGAUUUGCCUCAUUAUCAGCGUCUUAUUGUUCAUAUUUUGGGUUUUUAUAUGCUUGGGAAUACAUUCUACUGGAUGCAUGUGCUUAACCCCGAAGCCCUAAGAUGUACAUUGUUGAUUUCUUCUAAUAGCAUGCUAUUUGUUGUCUGGUAUGACCCCUGUAGUUUAGAAGGCAUGGAAUUUGGAUUUUCUCGCUCAUUUCAAAUUGUGCUGAUGUUUCUUAUUUUGUCCGUGCUUAUUUACUUCAUAAGUUUUCAUGUUUGAAUUUCUCGACUAUGGAGUGGCUUCUUUCUAGCUAUUAUAUGUUCUCUUCUCGUUUAAAAGUGGUUUCUUUUGAAUCUCCUCUUCAGUAUGUCUUCCAAGUGUUAACCUUUUUAAAAAUUGUUCCGUUGUAUGCUUUCUGUAGAUAAUUUUGAAGAGAAUCUGUUAGCAAGAGGGUAUGGCAGCUACUGUCUCAGCUGGUGUUAGGUAUGCACCAGAGGACCCCACCCUUCCUAAACCUUGGAAGGGCUUAGUAGAUGGUAAGACUGGAUACCUUUACUUUUGGAAUCCGGAGACCAAUGUCACACAAUAUGAGAGACCUGCUUCCUCAUCUGUCCAUGUCCAAAAGACAUCUCAAGGAUAUCAUGCGAGUAGUUCCAAAGAUGAUGACGAUAGAUACACUAGGGUUGGAAAUGUUGGCUCAGUGAAGGGUUCGCGUAGUGGGCCAGAUCACGAUGUUCAAAAAUCGACUGUUGGUGCUGGAGUCACUAAUGGGUAUUUUCCGUCAGCGGCAGGAAAUACCUUAUCUGCAGAAUCCUAUCGUAAACGUCACGAAAUAAGUGUAACUGGAGAAGGUGUUCCCCCGCCGUUGAUGUCAUUUGAUUCCACUGGCUUCCCGUCAGAGAUUCUUAGAGAGGUACAAAAUGCUGGGUUCUCUGCUCCUACUCCAAUUCAGGCACAGUCAUGGCCUAUUGCUCUUCAAGGCCGCGAUAUAGUGGCAAUUGCUAAGACAGGCUCGGGCAAAACUUUAGGUUAUCUGCUUCCUGGCUUUAUUCAUCUGAAACAGCGGCAUAACAAUCCCCAGAUGGGUCCAACUGUUUUGGUUCUAUCACCAACAAGGGAAUUGGCAACUCAGAUACAGGAUGAAGCUAUGAAAUUUGGAAGAUCGUCAAGAAUAUGUUGCACGUGUUUGUAUGGAGGUGCUCCUAAAGGCCCUCAACUGAAGGAGCUAGACAGAGGUGUAGACAUUGUUGUAGCCACUCCUGGGCGACUAAAUGAUAUACUGGAGAUGAGAAGAAUCAGUCUGCAUCAAGUCUCAUAUUUAGUGCUAGAUGAGGCUGACCGCAUGUUGGACAUGGGUUUCGAGCCUCAGAUAAGGAAGAUUGUCAAGGAGGUGCCAACACGAAGGCAGACAUUGAUGUAUACUGCCACUUGGCCAAAGGAGGUCCGGAAGAUAGCCGCAGAUCUCUUGGUUAAACCAGUCCAGGUGAACAUCGGGAAUGUGGAUGAGCUUGUUGCUAACAAGUCUAUCACGCAGCAUAUUGAACUCUUAUCUCCAAUGGAUAAGCAAAGACGGGUAGAACAGAUAUUGAGAUCUCAAGAACCAGGAUCAAAGAUGAUUAUCUUUUGUUCAACAAAGAAAAUGUGUGACAUGCUUGCACGCAACCUGACCCGCCAGUUUGGAGCUGCUGCAAUUCAUGGUGACAAAUCCCAGAGUGACAGAGAUUUUGUCUUGAACCAGUUCCGCAGUGGGAGAUCUCCAGUCCUUGUAGCAACUGAUGUUGCUGCACGGGGGUUAGAUAUCAAAGAUAUCAGGGUGGUGAUAAAUUAUGACUUUCCCACUGGAAUUGAGGACUAUGUUCAUAGAAUUGGAAGGACUGGAAGGGCAGGGGCUACUGGGGUUGCUUAUACAUUUUUCAGCGAUCAAGAUGCCAAGCAUGCUUCUGAUCUUGUCAAACUCUUAGAAGGUGCUAAUCAACGUGUUCCUGUGGAACUCCGUGAUAUUGCUUCUCGGGGUGGUGGAAUGGGGAGAUCAAGACGCUGGGGACCCGGCCCCGGUGGACGUGAUGGGGGCCGAGGUGGGCGCUAUGAUUCUGAUUACAGUGGCAGAGAUGGGGGACGUGGCCGCUGGUCAAACUCAUCAAGUGAAAGAGGAGUGGGGCGUAGUUAUGACCGAGAUUCUAAUGACAGUGACAGAUAUGGUCGCAGUUCCCAUGAUGAAGUGCCUGGAAGUUACCACCAGCGGAGUUACCAUGAAACCAUGUCUCAGAAGCAAGGCCGCAGUAGGAGUAGGAGCCCCAGCAGAGGUUCUGGGUGGGGUAACGGUCGUAGCAGAGCUCGAAGUCGAAGCCGUAGUCCUGAUAGGUUUGAUCAAGGUCCACCGGCUCGGAGCUUCCAUGAAGCUAUGAUGCAAAGGCGUCCACCUCCUAAAUUUGAGACUAUUGACAUAGUAUCUUUCAACGGAAGUACUUCUGUGGACAACUUUGGAGGUUCAUCUAAUGAAGAUAGACAGCAAUGGAGAAGAUCGCCAGCUAAGCAGCAGGAGAAUGGAGAUGAUAGAGCAAAAUCACGUGCUGGGGAGGAAGAAGAGGAAGAAGGAAUGAUUCAACCCGAAGAAGGCACAGUUAGGGGCGAAAAUGCUAUGUCUUCAGAAGCAAACGGCAGCUCUGCCUUCUGA